AUGCGGUUCGGGGACGGCUACACUGUGAUCGUGAGGGUGGGCGGCUCGCCCCCCGCUCUGGGCCCCGUGGAGGAGUUUGUCCACGAGACCUUCCCCGGUAGCGUACUGAAGGAGAAGCACCACAACACGCUGCAGUACCAGCUCCCCCACAGCGAGGGCGCUCUGGCCAGCAUCUUCAGCCAGUUCACCACUCAUCAGCAGAGGCUGGGCGUGGAGGACUACUCUGUCUCCCAGACCACACUGGAUCAGGUCUUUGUCAACUUUGCGAGGUACCAACAUGAGGAGGACAACCAUGCUACUUAUGACAACAAAGUGGACGUGUCCGACGAAAUGCCAAUGGAAGCUCGGAAAUCACCUGUCCCAGAGAGCGUCUGAGUCCCAACGUUCACCUCAUAUUCCAUCACUGAACAGCACCUAGCGCUGUAUAUCUCAGGUCUAAGCUUGUAGAUAGCUUUCGUUUGUUUUACUUGUGCCAUCUGUCAUAAUAAUAUUAUUGUAUGUUAUCAGGCAAAUGUUAACCGUAAAUAACAUAUAUAAUACAACUGCACACCUAGCAGAGCGAAAUAAUGGCAAGUAAAUGGUUGGUAAGUGAUUAGUCUAAUUGCUUCAUCAGUGUAUAGAUUUAGUCCAUGCAGUUAUUUUCUGGAAUUGCUUUAAUAUGAUGAAAAACAGCCACACUUAAUCGUGGUGUGGUGAAACACAGAUUUCCUCAGACCUUGUUAUGUUUGCCAAAUGACAUGGCUUGGAAACAGCUCUUCCUCAAAGGUCCUUGACAUUCUCUUACGAUUAUUGCAAUUGUUCCACUAGCUAUUGAUGACAUUUAAUGCUUCCCAAAUGGCACCCUAUUCCCUAUAUAGUGCCCUACUUUUGACCAGAUCCCUAUCGGUCUUCCAGGACCAUAUCCUCUCCUUCAUUCCAAAAUUAGAAUGGCAUGCCCCACUUUGCAAAAUAUGCAUUGAGUGCAAUACAGAGUCGAGAGCCUUCCAGUGUGUACUUGCAGGAUAAAGUGUGCAUUCAAUAUAGCCUAUCCCCUGACUCAGGAACUCUCUGUAGAGCUGUAAAGAUAUAUUUGUUUGCAUUUGCAUUGUUUACGUUCGACAAUACCCUUGUAGAUAUGCGUAUAAUACAACUAUAUACGGGAGAAAAUGCAGGUAGUUAUUUUUUAACAAUGGUGAAACCACACCAAGCACUUUGUCAGUUUUCCUACAUUACCUCGCAGGUGCACUUAGCAAUUUCUACCUAAAGCAAAUAACUUCUCUGUAUAUGUGUGUGUCCCUCAUGGGCACUAGGGUUUACUUUGAGAGCCCAAUGUAAUUUGUAUGCCGUUCAAUGUCCCCCGCAUUACUAUUUUGUUCAUUGCAAAGAAUAAGGAAUCCUAUUUGUACUGAAUAUUGCUUUA